CUUUUCCCUUCCCAGAAGCUGCGCAGGGAAAAGCGGCUCUCGGAGCGCUCAGCCCUCUCUCCCUCCCUCCUUCCCAAACCUCGGAACCUCCCGGAUCCCCAGAGCCAGGCUCUUUAUUCCACCUCUCCUUGGGGAAAAAAAAAAAUUAAAAAAAAAAAAAUAAAAUGGGUUCCAGGCUGGUGCCAGGGAUGGGUUUGUGUAGGAAGAUCCUGGCUGCAGCCGUGUGUGUGCUGGUUCUGCUGCCGGAGCCGGGCUGUGCCAGGACCCUCUGGAAACGCGCUCUGCUGAAAAUGACCGAGAAAUACGAUGAUUAUGAGUACCCUCUUCAUUCUCACAGCUCGCAGCAGCAGAAGAGUGACCGGUGCCCUCCUCCGCCGCAGAGCCUGCCGGAGCGCGCCUGCGAGGUGCCCAGCUGCCGCUCCGACUCCGAGUGCCAGCGCCACAAGCGCUGCUGCUACAACGGCUGCAUCUAUGCCUGCCUCGAGUCCGUGCAGCCCCCGCCAGUCUUGGACUGGCUGGUUCAGCCCAAACCCCGCUGGCUGGGAGGCAAUGGGUGGCUUUUGGAUGGCCCAGAGGAAGUCUUACAAGCCGAGGCUUGCAGCACCACGGAGGAUGGGGACGAGCCCCUGCACUGCCCCACGGGCUACGAGUGCCACAUCAUCAGCCCUGGCAACACGGCCGAGGGCAUCCCCAACAGGGGUCAGUGCAUCAAGCAGAGAGGAAACCCAGAUGGACACAACCUGAGGCAUAAGUAUUACAAGGAAUAUUUUGGGAGCAAUUCCAACAACUUGGUGGGCUAUGUGAAAAACCAGCAGAAACAUUUAGGCUAAUUGAAGGUGUGCCUGGCUGGACCACUCUGCCAAGGAAUGCUUUACCCAGCAGCUUUCUGGUCCCAGAUCUCCACAAGCACAUCUCCAGCAUCCCCCUGAUCCCUGCCCAUCACUGGCAAAAAAAAAUUCCAUUACCCAAGGAGCAGGAUGAGUCCAGAUUUUAACCCCACCAGGAAGGGGAGGAAGGUCAUCCCCUGAAGGAAAUCACUGCUUAUCAGCUGCCCUCCUACAAAUGAAAUGCAAACAGCUCCAAGGGAUCCCUGCAAGCCACAGUGCCAUGACCAGGCUGCUGACACAGAGCCUGCCCUGUACGUGCUCGUUGUGUGACCAAUUCAGAUUUCAGGCCUGGGAACACAACCCAGUGACGUCAGAAUUCUACCUAAAUAUCAUAUCUAAGUUGCUUUAAAAUAGGUGAGACUAAAGAGGUUCUCUGGAUCAAAUCCAGUGCCCGCCUGUCUUGAACAACUCCUUUAAAGAAGCCUUUUCAUCAGCUUAAAAUUCAAAUAAACCUGCAAGUUUCUUCUUUUCCUAUUUAUAUCCAGAUAAAAACCAGGCUUGACACCCACUCUAAAUGGCUAAACUCGAAGUCUUAAGAAUUUGAGGAGGUUUAAUCUAGGAGCAAAAACCAGCUUUAUAAAUGUUUUUAGGUUACUUUCCUCUUCUCAGUCUGGUGAGCUGCAGAUUGAGGGUUAAUAAUGGAAUAGAUUCCUCCCUACAAGAUCCAGCAGACACACAAAUGCAUGCCAGGCUUUGUAAUGUGCUGUUUUUAGCCAGCACAGUUAAUACUCACAAAAUCUGUGGUUUUGUACCUGCAAAAUCUCAGCCAGAGGCCUGAAGUCUGGAUAAUCUGUGAAAUGUGUUGGAAAAGCAAACCCAGGAUAAAUUGGUGUGAUGAGAAGGAUUGUCUGGCAGAUGGGCCAUGCUCCUCAGGAGUCCUGUACCUUUGUGUUGCCUUCCUUUAACCCUUAAGGUCUGGAUAUUUCUAUUUGGGCCUCACAGCUUCUUUUAGCUGUUUAGCAUUAUCCAAUGGAAAAUACAUUUUCUAUUAUUCCUUUCCCGUGGCAGUCCUGAAGGAACGGUUGCAUUUAUUGUGACAAAUCAGCCAGAAUUGUUUGGCACAAAAGUCACAUUUGCUCUAUGGUUCAGUCCACGUUCCCAUCUGCAUGCAUGAAAUUAGCAUUUUAAUUUGCACAGUAGUAGCACUGCCUAGAAAUACCCAAUUCACAAAUGCAAGUGCCUGCUUCCACUCACAAAAUACAGGAUUUGCUUUUCCACUCACUAAAUGGUUUCAGCCAGAUCCAAGACACCUAUAAAACUCUUGAUACUUUGCACAUGACAUUUGCAGCUGGAGAGAUGGAAGGUGCCAAACUGCUCUUCUGGUUCCCAUUUAAACACAGUCCUGGGUGCUUUACAGAGCAAAGGAACAGCUGAAGGGCUCCACAUUUUCCUAAAUAUCUUCACUUGUUGAACUCUUUUUUUUUUUCCAAGUGCAAGAUAUUAAAUGCAGCACCAUGUUUGGACAGCUAUUUCUAGAAUUUUAUCCUAUACAGCUUCCUGCAAUGAGAUCUUAAUUCCUGCUUGGACACAGGAGCCACAGAAACAGAGAAUUGUGGAAUGGUUUGGGUUGGGAGGGAGUUUAAAGCUCAUCACCUUCCACUAGACCAGGUUUUCCACGCUCCAAUCCAUAUUUUAUAGUUCCAAUCUGUGUUUAAACCAGAAGCUUGCCACUUAUCCUACUGCAGCCUCACUCCUUGGUGCUGCUCAGUGAAAUGGAUUGAUUUUGUUCAGCAUGACUUUUUGCAGAAAAAUAUCGAAUUCUGAUUAAAUGAGCAAAGCCCUCCAGUGAUCACUGCUAAGCCCCGAAGAGUAAAUGCCAAAAUGUUAUAUUUUAAUCUAAAAACUUCCUAAAACCUUGUGAGGAGCCAGUUGAAAAACUGGUGUUGAGCAUUCACACAUUUGAAAGAUUAAAACUUCAAAUCUCAACCUAAUCUCUCAAAGCAGCCCAAAAAUAUGCUUAAUUUGAGUGGACACAUUCACUUCAGUGUUUAUUUUCUUUGUAGCUGCAGAAACACAUACCUGACCACCUGGGUGGGACAGUACACGUAUUUUCUGCUUGCAAAAGUAAUUUUUAAAAGAAGAAAAUUGUCAAAUUAAUAAUUUGAUGAUGAAUUUCUGUUUACUGGGUGUUUCACAGCCAUCACCCUUCUUCGUGGUGCUAUAAUGCUCAGGGGGUUUUUUCCAAGUGAAUUCAAGCUAUUAAUUGUCAAACUCAGAAACAAAAGCCACAGAAGGGACUUGUCAAAGUGCUGUGUUUCCAACAGUGAAACGCUGAGCACUGAAAUGUGAAUCUCAGACACUGAAAUGAAGAACAGAGCAGGUGAGCUGUCCUCAGCUGCUCUUCUCUCCAAAGACAGAUGCUUUACCAGCAGCCUGGUGCAGCACAGUAGGAAAUGCCUGGUGUCGGUUGUUUUUAACAUUUCCAUGAACACUUUGCAGCAUGUUUGGUGCUAUGAUAACCUUCCUGCGUGUCACUGAGUGCUGACAAUGCCUCCCACAUCCCCCAGGGUCCGUGCAGCCCCAGGCAGCCCCUCCCCGGUGCUCACACACGUUCAGGUUCUGCUUUGGUGCUCAAUAAA